UCUCUGACAGCUGGGAGGCCCAUUUUGGCGGUUAGCUUGUUGGACAAAUAACUUCGGUGUCAUGCGGGUAAUGCGGACUUCCUGUUUUUGUUUUCUUAGCUAGGCCUGUAUGCUAUAAGAUCGAGAGAUUCUUCCGAGAUAAUAUCUCUCUUCAUUUCAUGAACGCGUACGCUCACUUUCUCCCUCCUCCCUACAUCGAGCCCAGAACAGGACAGGUACCUAGCUCUGGCACAGAAACACUCCCUCGUUAUACCCGACGGAAUACCAUCGCUCAACCCCUCAUUCGCAGGGAACCUAUUGAGCAUGUUUUUCAACUAGUAGACGGCCGACGAGCUUGGGCUAUCUUGAAGCUUUACAGCAGCGCUAAGUCUGCAAAAAGUAUACCUACUUUCUACGAAAAGGAGAAGAUAACUGGAACAUUAGAGAUUGAUGCUGUAAAGGGAGAUUCGUCGAUUCGGAUAAUUACCAUCGAGAUCACCGGACGCAUCACCACCAGUCCAAAAAUUGAAGAUAAUCACACGUUCCUUACUGUCACCCAUACUAUCUGGUCCAAGUCUUCAGACGUUGUACGAGUGCCCUCGGCUUCGGAAAGCGCCACUGGCUCGAAGCUCGUCGGUCGGUGCGCAUGGCCCUUUUCCAUUCCUCUCCCACGGAAAGCCAAGGAAAUUGGAGGAGAUGUUGAAUCCCAUCCGUUACCAGAAACCUUCCGAGAAUCGGACGUGCACGCGAGCGUGCAAUAUGAAGUCACGGUUCAUGUUGCCCGUGGUAAGCUUCGAACGGAUAACUGGAUUAGAGCGCCAUUCGCAUAUGUUCCAAGCAGCCGCCCAGGUCUACCAUCAGAACUCAGACGACUUGCAUGUGAACACAAUGCACCUGUACCGGGCCCCGACGUCGAUCCACUUGGGUGGUCGCUCUCGCAGGGUGCUGUUACACGUGGGCUUGUAUUCCGAAGUCGAGAGGCAGAAGUACACUGCUCCCUUUCGCUGGCGAACCCUCUUUGUUACACCCGUGGGUCAACAAUACCUUGCUUUCUGAAGCUUUCCAGUAGAGAUUCUCAGGCCCUCGACUGGAUUUCAAAUCCCAACUCUAUUCAGCUUAACCUGAGAAGAAGUGUGAAAUAUUGCGUUGCAGCUACCUUUGGAAGGACAGAUAUAGCAUGGAAAAAGUACUACAAGGACAUCUGUACUGCUUCUUGGCGACCUUCCCGCACUAUUCCAAGCGAUACGCACAACUGGUACCUGGAGGGCGAGAUCAAGCUUCCAAAGGACUUGAAACCUUCCUCCAAAAUCGGUUAUUUUGAUAUCUCGUAUUCUGUCGACCUGUGCCCCUUCGACCUGACAGGUUUCCAGAGUUCUGAAGAUGUAGAAUUCCUCCUUUCGCAGCCUGUCGAAAUCGUGACCAUGCACCCAAAAGCUUCUCGACAUGUUUCAUAUUCGCCUCCACCUGCGUACGACUACUCAUGAUCUUUCAUGCAACAUGGAAGUGAACCCAUACCCUCAGAACGACAUGUCAUGUCUCCACGUCCUUACAUACUCUCAUUCGCUAUCGAGUCACGCCGGGCGUGUCACUCUCAUGGUCUUCAGUGUAGCAUCAUUUAUGAUUUCUCGUCUAUUAUAUACCUUCGGGAUAACGUUGUGUAGCUCUAUACUCGAAUACGAUAUGCCACAUGCAAGAUAUCCAUUUCCCGUGCUAA